CGUUCUGGUCGUACCGAUUUUUUGUAUCUUUGGUAUAAUAACCAAUUCUCUCAAUGCAAUUAUAUUUUCAAGACCACGUAUGGUAUCAUCAUCUUACAUCUAUUUUACUGGUACAUACUCAUAAUAUUCGACAUGCUGGGGACUGCUUCAAUUUCAUUUAUUUUUUUCUAAUGAAAUUAUUUUAGCUCUUUCUUGUUUGGACUUACUUUCUUGUUUGCUUUUGUUUCUUUCUUGUUUGGCUAGAACGGAAUUUAGGAUGGUUGAUGGAUGGCGACGAUUCGAUUUGUUUUGUUUUUUACCGAUUUCUGGAAUUACAACAUCAGCAUCGAAUUUUGUGACGUUAGCUGUAGUAAUAGACCGAGUAAUCUACAUGAAGACGUGCUUGCCGAAAGGAAUACCAAAAUAUUGUCAGCCUACAGUGGCGAAAAAAGUUGUUUCCGUAAUCAUUUGCGUUUGCGUCUUCUGUAAUUUGCCUUAUUUCUUCAUUUACCAAGAAGUUGACGGCCGCUUAGUAACGUCUGCAUUCUUCGAAUCCAUAUGGUACAGCAUUUACAAUUGGAUCAAAUUUUUCAUUUUAGUCCUGAGUUCUGCAAUUUUGAUUGGAACUAACGCAAAGAUGAUAUGCAUUAUGAGAAAGUGGUACAAACGCAGUUAUUUAUUGAGAUGCGGAAAUUCCAUGUCGGAAAAGAAGCAACUGUUUAGUCAAACACAAUUAACGUUGACUAUAAUUGUGGUCGUUUUUCUAUUUCUAAUUGGGGAAAUACCGAUGUAUCUUGCAUCCCGACGCAGCGCAAUUACAAUGCUUUUUCAGGGCGAUUUAUCGAAAAGUUCAUCGCAAGCCUUGGAAACAUUUCGUAUUAUUGCAACCUUCUUGCACGCCCUACAUAUCAGUUUGAACAUUGCAAUUUAUACAUCUCUCAAUCCACCCUAUAUCAUUGAGUUAUUUGACUUUCUGCAGAUUAUUUGCUCGAAAUGCCAUUGGAAAGUAUUUAGCAAUAAUACCGGCGGUAAUACAUCGAAUAAAAUCAUUUCGAAUUCUUUUGAAACGAAUAUUUGCAUUAUUCAUGGCGUAUCCGUAGACGAAUCGUCUAUGUCGAAAAAAUCUAUCACAGUGAACAGUGCUAGAACCAGCAAUUAUAGGAUUUGUACAUGUCCUUCGACAGCAACGAAAAAGGAAACGAUUGAAAUUGAGAACAACGAUUAUGUGGAAAUUUUGGCGUCAUAAAAUAUAAUGUGACUGUCUGUUCUGUAUGUUGUAUUGAAUUGCUAUCCGAUCAUAAUAAAAUGCUAAUUUUGUAAUGUAAAAAAC